AGAGAUCCUCUCACUGAAUCCCUUCUGGUUUUCACAGCAGUAAAGAACAGAUAUCCAGUUUCUGCAAUCAUGAUCAAACAGCUGUGUUUUGCCCUUGCUACAUUUUUCCUGCUUGCUUCUGCAAACCUAAGAGAAGGAGCGUUACCCUGCGCAAAUCCUGCCUAUGUUCAGGCCUGGACUCAGUGGUUUGACGGGGAUGACCCUUCUGGUACUGGAGACUCGGAGACCCUCGCUGAUCUUCAUAAUGAGAAUCUUGGGAAAAUCUGCAACAUCCCUAGAGAUAUUGAGGCGCAAACUUUAUCUGGCCAGAGUGUGGCUCAAGCCGGCGAAAACAUUUUUAGAUAUGACACAACUUCAGGAUUCAUCUGCAGAAACGGGGAUCAACCUGACAAAUGGUGCAAUGAUUACAAAAUUCGCUUCAGCUGCUCCCCUGCUGCCUGUGAAAAUGUGUGCUGGACUAAGUGGUACAAUCGAGACAAUCCCAGUGGAACAGGCGACUGGGAGACUCUGAGUGACCUGCAGACAGAAUACCCCGGGCAAAUUUGUGCUGAACCCCGUUACAUUGAGGCUGCUACGGUUGUUGGUGAGACCGCAGCAAUCCAGACAGGAGAUAACAUCCUUUUCUACAGUCCCACUAAAGGGUUUGCUUGCCGCAACCAGGACCAGAAAUCUGGCAACUGCAAGGACUACAAAGUUCGCUUUGGAUGCAUUUGUACUAUUAAACGCCCGGCUUAAGUAUCUCAAU